GAUCUCACCUGGCAGACUACUGUUCACUCCUGUCAGCGCUGUCCUCGCGCGGCUUUGACUGCUAGUGCGGCCACUGCCGCAAUUGCUACUCAAGCCAAUGUUGAAGGUGCCACUUCACGUUUCUGUCCCGCGGGUGUGCAUAUGGGUAAAUGUGAACCGGCCUCAGGACUAUUUCCUGGUUCUUGGGGUUCAGCAUCGAACGUAUCCUCUGCUCUGGGCAGUGGAAUUGCCCCCAAGCACUCUAAGGGACAUACUGAAACCCAAUCGGCAAUCGCUGACUCCGCGAGGCCAGGCGAUGGUGCAUCUGUUGAAAGUGAGAUCUCGACGAAACCUACCUGGGUGCCUCCCAACCUGCCCCUCCCAUCACAUGUCUGUAGUCGUGCUUCCUUCUCCCCCAGUCUGCCGGUCCGGUCGGUAUCGCCGCCCUCAGCUCCCUCCACCGGGGUCGGAAAACCCGAUCGUGUACGGCAGCCAUUUGAUCUUGCUCAUACUGACGAGGAAGGUAAAGGCUUAUCCUCCUCCGAAACCGUAUCCGAGAAACCUGUCGAUGGUAAGGAGUCGGUGUCUUCAAAGGUUGAUGAACCUACUCCGAAACCAUCUGAACCUCCGGCGACUUCUGUGUCUUCGCCAAAGCCAGGAUUACAAAAUAAACUAGAAAACAAAGAGAUUUCUGGGGAUCUCAAGACAGACAACUUGAACGUCGGCACGCUCGCUGAUAAAGAAAAUCAUCCACAUGUCACCGUUCCCUCCGUCACAGAGAACCCACCUGAGGUCUCCACGGAGACGAAACUUCCCGACCGAGUGGCCGAUGCAUCCGACACCACUGGAGAGAAAACAGCUCAGGCUACUGAGGAUAGAAAGUCUCCCAGCGCAAAGGUGAAACCUACUCCUCUAGAGUCCUAUGCAAAGGAGAAUGUAGAACCGACUGUCACACCCCAGCCCCCGGUCGACGUCACGCCUGACCACGGUGUCCCUGCUGCAGGGGAAAAGGGGCCAUCCAGGCUGACCGAAAACACCUCUGUAAUACCUCCCUUCUUUAUGCCCCCCGGUCACUCUCGUAUGACACCGGCCGAUCGUAAGGCGGAGUUAGAACGCAUCGGCAAAGCAAUCAGUACCGUCUUCUUUCCACCAAAUUGUCCACUCCAUGGUGGCAUUAUGCGACGCAUGGUUUCGCAGUUCUUGAUGGCAGACUACAAAAUCGCUUGUGGCUGUCCGCUCUACUGGAAGCGUGCUAUCUUCUUGGCUUCCGGUGGACAAAACGAUGAAACUCCCGUUGAGAUCGAUGCCAUUCUGAAGACCUGGCAAUCGUAA